AUGAUAAAGACCAUAUUUACUCCAAAUAAAGGGUACCAUAUAGCAGAUCUCCAAAAGGAAGCUCCAGAAGAGGCAAUUGAAUUAAACUAUCCCCUUAUAACGAAUGGUUUCGAUCAGUUAAGCUGGCAAUCAGAAGAGAGCCUAGAAACCUCUGAGACGACAGAUAAUGUGUACUCAGACAAUGAACAUAGCAGUGAUAAAUUGAGAGAAGCCAGCUUUAACAAUGAAUACGAAAUAUCUGAUACGCUUUUGACUACGCAUAAAAGUUUAUUUGGUGACGAUCUUUCGGAUCAUGAGACUGACAUCUCUCUUUCCAAAUCACAUAAGGGUCAUAAAAAGAUGACGAACAAAGAGCGGAAAAAAUUGAAGAGGCUCAAGAAAAGCCAAAGGAAAGGUCAUAAACAAAUAAUAUCAAACGAUUCCGCUUCAUCUGUGGACAGGGCUGCCAUUUUGAAAGAAUUGUACCAGACUGCUGUGGGAAGUGCCAAUUCAAAUGCACUUAUAAGAAUUAGGGAUGUUACAAUAUUCUCGGAGGAUCUGGAGACUCUCUUGGAUGAUAACUGGUUGGAUGAUAGCAUAAUUAGCUUUGCGUAUGAAUAUAUAUAUACGUCGCAAAUCAUUCCAACAUUAACAGAAAGGGUCAAAUAUGGAAGGAAGGACCAGAUCAAAGAAGCCAUUUUUUUGUUAUUACCCACUUUUUCAUUUUUGCUUGCAAACAGUCCAAAUCCUUCGGAAUUAAAAGAUGUGUUGCCAAACUUAGAACAUUCGUCGUUCAUUUUCAUGCCAGUGAAUGAUAAUAUCGAUUUUGGCGAACCGGAGGGUGGCUCCCAUUGGUCACUGGUACUUUUUUGUGUGGAUGAUAGGAAAGCAAUCAUCUACGAUUCUUUAUACCGGGCGAAUGAAGAAGAAUCCAUGAGACUAAUCAAGAAUACAGAAGCUAUUUUGGGGAAGAAAUUUGAAAUAAUCACCGAAAAGCAUACUCCGCAGCAAAUUAACAGUUCUGACUGUGGCAUCAUUGUUAUAGCUAUUACCGCUUUGCUUACGGCCCGCGUUCUUAAUGUUGAGGACAACCGUUUCCUUAAUUUAAAACUAGACAACGUCGAACUAAGUGCUAUAGAUGCGAAGAUCUUCUUACUGGGGACGAUUGCAAACCUUGUAAAACUUAAAUCAAAGAAAUGA